UUCACCGCCUACCAGGGUAAGAUUCUCUGCAACUUCACAAAUAAAAAGUAUGGUUCGUAAGAUAAGAAUAGUUAAACAAUUCUUCCCAACUUUCCUGAGGUGGGUGGCAAAUUCAAAGAACUAAGAAGGAUAAUGGCAGAAGAACCUGUUAAUGUCAAUGAAUUCAAAGAAUUAGCAAGGAAAGCCCUUCCAAAAAUGUAUUAUGAUUUCUACACUGGCGGAGCAGAGGACCAGUACACCUUACAAAACAACGAGGAAGCUUUUCGCAGAAUCACUAUUCGGCCGAGAAUUCUUCGAGAUGUGAGGAGCAUUGAUUUAUCAACAACAGUGUUGGGUUAUAACAUCUCAAUGCCAGUUUUGAUUGCCCCAACUUCUAUGCAUAAGCUGGCUAACCCUGAAGGAGAGAUUGCAACAGCCAGAGCAGCAUCUGCAUGUAACACUAUAAUGGUUUUAUCCACCGGAUCUACCUGCUCAUUGGAGGAAGUAGCUUCGAGCUGCAGUGCUAUUCGCUUCUUCCAACUAUAUGUGUAUAAGAGACGGGAUAUAUCGGCUAAGCUAGUGCAGAAAGCUGAAAGUAAUGGAUACAAGGCUAUUGUCCUUACUGUUGAUUGUCCAAGAAUCGGCCGAAGGGAGGCAGAUGUUAAGAACAAGCUCGUCGUACCUCCUCCGAAGAACCUGGAGGGUCUAUUGUCAACUGAAUUUGUUUCUGAUGGAGGUUCAGGUUUGGAAGCUCUGAUCAAUGGGACUCUCGAUCCAUCAUUCCGUUGGGAGGACAUCGCUUGGUUGAAAUCUACUACAAACUUGCCAAUUCUGAUCAAAGGGGUGCUCACUCAUGAAGAUGCAAUAAAAUCCCUGGAAGUAGGUGUUGCUGGGAUUAUCGUCUCCAAUCAUGGAGGUCGGCAGCUGGAUUAUUCACCAGCCACCAUUGAUGUUCUGGAGGAGGUAGUUCAUGCUGUUGGAGAAAAAGUUCCGGUUUUCAUUGACGGAGGAAUACGGCGAGGAACCGAUGUUUUCAAGGCAAUGGCCCUUGGUGCUAGGGCUGUCCUAGUGGGAAGGCCGGUUGUGUUCGGACUUGCGGCGAAAGGCGAAUACGGGGUGAAACGAGUGCUCAAAAUGCUUAAAGAUGAGCUCGAACUCGCUAUGGCGCUCUCGGGUUGUUCUAGUACGAAGGAAAUUACUAGGAGCCAUGUCAGGACCGAACAUGAGCAGCGGAUUGUCUCCAUGCUUUAAUGUUAUAUCCGACUAUUGUGAUUAAUUC